AUGAUGCAUCCUUCCUCGCCUCCUGUGCAGCGGCGUCACCGGAGACAGAAACAGCAGCAGGAACAACUGCUGCAAAGCUGCGACGGAAAGCUCACAGGUUUCAGUCCCAAAAGGCGGAGGUCCAGUUUUAGCCGCAGGAGCGUGUGCGAGGAAAGUGAUCUCACUGGCGAAGGGCUGCCUCAACAAGACCAGCAACACCAAGAACAACAUUUCCGGUCCCCAGAAGAUGAACAGCAGGAGCCUCAGCAACAGCAACAACAGCAGCAACGACCGCAAGAUGAGCAGGAGCUAAAUCUUCAGAGAAGGCAAAAGAACUGCCAGCAGGAUCACUCGGGACAUAGCAUGCGAAGCACUGAAGAGCGAGAUGAUUCUUCAGCUGCUGCUACGAUGAUAUCAGAUCCAGCCGACCCCAACGACAGCAGCAACAGAACCAGCAUUGGCGAAAGCUGCAAUGGCGGCAGCUGUAGCUGUAACGGCGAGAGAAGCUGCAGCAGCAGCUGCAGCAGCUGCAGUAGCCGGAACGUGCCCGAAGUGUGCAUCAACUCCGUGGUGCUGCUGGCUAUAGCGUCCCACGCAGCGCGCCUUCAGGUGUGGCAGGAGGAGCAACGGCAACAGCAGCAACAUCAGCAGCAGAAAAUCAGUCAACAUGGGAAGGUCAUUGGCCUCCUGCUUGGCCCACGCAGGGAUACAGCGAACUUCAAGGCCCUGUCUGUCACGGAGUCAGCGGAGCUUCCCCCGUCUUUGCUGCAGCGCGACAGCAAAAGCAGUGGCAGCAUCGCAAUGAUAGGAGAGGCGGUGUUGCUGCGCCAGGCGUUGGACAAGACGUUGCUUCCCCUAGGACUCUAUAUGGCUCAGAAUGCAUGCGCACAAGAGCAGCUUUCCCCAGAGCUUAUGUCAUUGCUAACUCAGACUGAGUGGGCUGGAGAUGGCCCUUUACUUCUCUUUUUCAGGCCUUCGGCGCAGAGUUCCACGGGGCUGCACAGGCCUCCUGCCCAGUGCUUUCGUUACCUCUGCAGAAGCACGAGCAACAACUGCAGUUGGAGUGACAGCAGCAGCAACAUCAUUUGCCCCAAAAGUAGUGGGGAGCGAGAGCUGCAAUUGACGCCCGUGCACUUGAGAGUCCAAACGAGUAUAAUGGCCAAGCUCGCUGCUGAGGCAGUGCUGAAGAAGACAGACACAAUUGGGGUGCUGAUGGAGACGAAAAAGCGCACGACAGAAACUGCAGCAGCAGCAGCACCUGUUAGACUGCAGCAGCAAAUAGAGGCCUUUGAGUGUUGCCGGCGUAGCGUGGAGCAUCUGAUCCAGUAUCUCGAAGAUGUCAAGUCAGGUGCAUGCAAGCCGCACCCUGCUUUGAUGCGCGAGGCGUUGGGUGUAUGCAAGAGGCUCUGCAGACCAGAGACUCCUGCAGCAGUGGUAGCAGAUGACACAGCAGCCGCAGCUGCCGCCGCGCUUGCUUCUGCUGCUGAUGAUGAUAAGUAUUUUGCAGCGCUUGAAGUACCAGGCGGUGCGGACAGCCGUCUCCGUAGCAGCAGCCGCAUCAUGUCCAGUGUUAGGACCGUGCGCGCGCUGCAGGGCUUGCUGCAACAGCUGCUGCCUCUAAGCACAUGGAGCCCAUUAAGACAGCAGCAACAGUUUCACCAGGGGCAGCAGCCAGCGCAAAGGAAGCAGGAGUUGCCUUCGCGGCAACACCAACAGGAGCAUCAGUUGCAGCAGCAGCAGGGAGUUACGCGUUUCGAUUUGAAUGGUCUUGGUGCCUUGAAACAGAAAGAGACUGAAAUCGCAGCAAUGGCUGUGCUUGGUAAAGCCACAAUGGGAAUCGCUGCAGCGCAUGCUGCCGCUGCUGAGGUAGGCCUGAGGGUGCUAAUCUGCAAUGUGGUGUGA